UGCUCCGGGCCGGGACUCUAGGGGCGGAAGGUUGUGGCGCUGUCUAUCCGGCUAGAGCAAGACUCUGAAGUCGCGGAUCCAGGCCCCGCCCGAGGCACUAGAGUGGCCAGCCCGCGAGCAGAGAAGGCAGAGGGUCAGGCCCCAAGGGGCCCAUGGCAGGCAGAUGGCUGGCUCUGCUCUGGGCUCCUGGCUUCCUCUGUGUGGCUCUGAUACCGGAGAUGGCAUCUGGGACCGGAGACCCAUCCACAAAAGCCCAUGGACACAUCCAAUUUUCAACUGGAGGUGUCAACCAGACUGCCUUGGUGGAUUGCCGAGCCGUGUGUAGCCUGAACACAUCUGAUCGCUGUGACUUUGUCAGGAGGAAUCCGGACUGCCACAGCGAGGCGGGCUACCUGGACUACCUCGAGGGCAUCUUCUGCUACUUCCCUCCCAACCUCCUCCCUCUGGCCAUCACCCUCUACGUUUUCUGGCUGCUUUACCUCUUUCUGAUCCUGGGAGUCACCUCGGCCAAGUUCUUCUGCCCUAACCUGUCAGCCAUCUCCACUAACCUCAAACUCUCCCACAACGUGGCAGGUGUCACCUUCCUGGCCUUUGGAAAUGGCGCUCCAGACAUCUUCAGUGCUUUAGUGGCUUUCUCAGACCCACGUACUGCCGGCCUGGCCAUUGGGGCUCUGUUUGGUGCAGGGCUGCUGGUCACCACUGUGGUGGCUGGAGGCAUCACCAUCCUGCAUCCCUUCAUGGCUGCCUCCAGGCCUUUCCUCAGGGACAUUGCUUUCUACAUGGUGGCUGUGUUCCUAACCUUCACUGCACUCUAUCUCGGCAGGAUCACGCUGGCGUGGGCGCUGGGUUACCUGGGCCUCUACGUGUUCUAUGUGGUCACGGUCAUCAUCUGCACUUGGGUCUACCAACGGCAGCGAAGCAGGUCUCUGGUCCACUCCAUAUCGGAGACACCAGAGUUGCUGUCUGAGUCAGAGGAGGACCAGAUGUCUUCCAACACCAACAGCUAUGACUAUGGAGAUGAGUACCGGCCUCUGUUGCUGGGUCAGGAGACCACUGUCCAGAUCCUGAUCCAAGCCCUGAAUCCCUUGGACUACAGGAAGUGGAGAACUCAGUCGAUAUCCUGGAGGGUCCUGAAGGUAGUCAAGUUGCCUGUGGAGUUCUUGUUGCUGCUCACAGUACCAGUUGUGGACCCCGACAAGGACGAUCGGAAUUGGAAACGGCCACUCAACUGUCUGCAGCUGGUCAUCAGCCCCCUGGUCCUGGUCCUGACCCUGCAGUCGGGGGUCUACGGCAUCUAUGAGAUCGGCGGUCUCCUUCCUGUCUGGGCUGUGGUGGUGAUCGUGGGCACAGCGCUGGCUUCAGUGACCUUCUUUGCCACAUCUAACAGAGAACCCCCUAGACUGCACUGGCUCUUUGCUUUCCUGGGUUUCCUGACCAGUGCCCUAUGGAUCAAUGCAGCCGCCACAGAGGUGGUGAACAUCUUACGGUCCCUGGGUGUGAUCUUCCGCCUGAGCAACACCGUCCUAGGGCUGACCCUUCUGGCCUGGGGAAACAGCAUUGGAGAUGCGUUCUCAGAUUUCACGCUGGCCCGCCAGGGAUACCCUCGGAUGGCCUUCUCCGCCUGUUUCGGGGGCAUCAUCUUCAACAUCCUGGUUGGUGUGGGGCUGGGCUGCUUGCUGCAGAUCAUCAGGAACCACGCUGUGGAGGUGAAGCUGGAGCCAGACGGACUACUGGUGUGGGUGCUGGCCAGUGCCCUGGGCCUCAGCCUGGUCUUCUCCCUGGUCUCCGUGCCGCUUCAGUGUUUCCAGCUCAGCAAGGCCUACGGCCUCUGCCUCCUCCUCUUCUACGUCUGUUUCCUUGUUGUGGUCCUACUCACAGAGUUUGGGGUGAUUCACCUGAAGAAAGUGUGACUGAAGCUGCUUGGCCUAGAGGUUUGGGGGCGAUUCUGCUAGCCUCCUGAGGGUGAGAAGAGGUGUGGGGAGGGGGAUCCUCGGUGGUCCCCGUGGAUCUCCUGAGAAGAUAGUCACUGGCAGAGCUCUGCUUGGAUGGGAAGGGUCCUGACUGCCAGCACCCAACAGCCUUAGCGUGGGGAUCUGGAGGCUGGCUUUGCUGGGGAUAAUCCCGGGUGAGAAUGAUGGGAUCUGAAUGACACUGGAGGCUCUGGGGGAGGGUAGCCCUUCAGUCAGCCCCCAUGCCUGCUGGGCUCUGGGCAGCCCUGUGGUUCCCUCUCUGGCUCUUCCACUCUCUGCGGGGUCCUUCGUACCGGCAGGGUGGCCUGAAAACAGAUUCCACACGUGGAAACAAGACUGGGUUUCUCAGCUUCCGUGUCAGGUCAGCCAGAGGAAAGAGGCUGAGUUGACAGCAGCAGGCACUGCCCUUCCUAGUCGGUGGCUGCCACGGACUGUGGAUCUAAACACUUCUAGAGCUUUGUGUUCCGGACUCUAGCUCCCCCGUCUGCAAAACAGGAGCCAGCCUGGGCUCUGUGCCUACCUCAAGGGGAGCUGGGGGUUGUGGGGACUGACCCUCCCCAGGGAGGUCUUACAAGUAGUGUGACCAGCCUUUUGUUUGUUUGUUUGGUUGGUUGUUUUUUUUGAGACAGGGUUUCUCUGUGUAGCCCUGGCUGUCCUGGAACUCACUCUGUAGACCAGGCUGGCCUCCAACUCAGAGAUCUGCCUGCCUCUGCCUCUCAAGUGCUGGGACUAAAGGCGUGCGCCACCACUGUCCGGCUUGUGACCAGCCUUUUAAAAGUGCCACUCACUCCCUGACUGCCUUCAGCUGUAAUUAAGAGACUUGACUGUUGGGGUUUUUGUUUGUUUGUUUGUUUGUUUUUGUUUUUUGUUGUUUCCAAAAAUAAAAGAUGAGUUAUUUCACACGUACCAGAAGA